AUGUUGCCGCCGCCGCGUCAGUGUGGGGUGCUACUGCUCUUCUUGGCCGCCGUUGUGGCUCAGGGCAUGGCCGCCACAACCGAGGUGGAGAUUGAGUAUGGUCGGAUCAAGGGUGAUUAUGAGCCAGAGUACAAGUUGACCGGCUACUACGGCGUCCCAUUCGCUAGCCCGCCCGUGGGAGACUUGCGUCUCCGCCCGCCGGUGCCCCCGCAAGCCUGGAACAAGACGAAGGAUUGCACCAUUGAUCGCUUCUUCCACGUCUGCCCGCAAUUUCACUUCUCCAAGAAGGAGUACUACGGCAAUGAGGAUUGUCUCUACGCUAACAUCUACGUGCCCGAGGAAGCCGACAACCAGACCCUGCCUGUCAUGUUCUGGAUCUAUGGCGGCGGCUAUUCCAUGGGCGACGGUUAUGAAUUUGGCUGGUACCGUGGCAAGCACAUCGCUGCCUCUCGCCGCGUCAUUGUUGUUGAGUUCAACUACCGCUUAGGAGCUCUGGGCUUUUUGGCGCACCCGGAUCUCAAGAGCGAGGCUGGCGGCACAACGGGCAACUAUGGUGUGCAGGACCAGGUGGCCGCCCUUGGCUUUACGAACCGCGUCUGCUGGCACUUGACAAAUCCCUCCUCGCAAGGUCUCUUUUCCGCUGCCAUCAUGGAGAGCGGCAGCUGCUCCACUGCCGAGUUCUUUAUCAGCCAACAACGAGCCUAUGAGUUUGGCCAGGAGCAAAUCAAGGCUGCUGGCUGUGAUCCGAAUGCCAAAGACGUGCUGACGUGCCUGCGCAGCUUGGACGCCUUCAAGUUCUUCAUGAAGAAGGACGACUGGCCGACCAACACAACACGACCUCCGCUCGCGCCCGUCAUGCCCUGGGGUCCUACCAUUGAUGGGUCCAAACUUGGCACGCCUGCUCGCCCCAUCGAGAUGAUGCGUGCAGGUGACUUUGCCCACAUGCCGCGGGACUUUGGAAGCAUUCUGUCCACCCGUUCUCUGCCCGGGGUGAAGCUUCCAAUGUCCGACGAAGACUUUUACACAGUGCUUCAACAUUUUUACAACGACUCCACAGCCACCGCCAUCACCGAUCGCUAUCCUGAAGCCAACUACAAAAACAACGACGAUCGCAUGGCCCAUAUCUUGCGUGACUUUUUCUUCAUGUGCCCGAGCCGUGCUGCCGCUGGCGUGUUGGCGAGCCACAACGUGUCCUCGUACCUUUAUCAGUUCAACAUGAAACUGCCCAACUGGGUUGACUAUGACGCCUUGGGCAACUAUCACACGUCCGAGCUCAGCUUUGUGUUUGACAACCAGUGGCCGCCACUUUUGCACACCUUUGGCGAGAAGGAGAAACGCCUCGCUGCCACCUUUGGCCUCUACUGGACCAACAUGGCCAAGCAUGGUGACCCCAACCAUGACUUGACAAAGGAUCAGGCUGUCUGGACUCCAUUCUCCAUGGCCACCCAGCCCUUUAUGAAUAUGGAUGUGCCUACCUAUUUGGGCAACAACCUCAACUCGGACACUUGUGACUUUUGGGACGUGCACUACACCAAGUACUAUUUUCAGUAG